AUGGCCUCCCAACUGCUCCUCCUGGGCAUCCUCCUCCUGCUGCCUCCACCCACCCCUGCGCCCUGCUACACAGCCGCACGCUCAGAGUGCAAGCGUAACCUUGAGUUGGUACCCGGCGCGUUGCUAGCUGGGGAAGGAGUAGAUGUGACUACCCUCCGCCGCUCGGGCUCCUCCCUGGUGGACACAGAGAAGUUCCGGCGGCCCGACAACACCUGCACCCUCUGUGUAAAUGCCCUGCAACAGGGUGCCCUCCAGCGUCUGCCCCUGGCGCUCACCCACUGGCGUGCCCAGGGCACUGGCUGCCAGCGCCGUGUGAUCAAGGCCAAAGACAGUUCCACUGAAGCCGUGGCUAAGGAGGCAGCUGGCAGCAUCCGCAAUGACUGGCGAGUCGGACUGGACGUGACUCCCCAUCCUGGCAGCAACGUGCACGUGACUGUGGCUGGCUCCCACUCCCAAGCAGCUAACUUUGCAGCCCAGAAGAACCACCAGGACCAGUACGUCUUCAGCACUGACUCGGUGGAGUGUCGCUUCUACAGCGUUCAUGUAGCACACAGUCCCCCGCUGAACCUUGACUUCAAGAGGGCUCUCAUGGACCUGCCCCCCUACUUCAAUGCCUCCACCCAGUCCGAAUACCACAGGCUCAUCUCCAACUACGGCACCCACUACAUCCGGAGCGUGGAGCUGGGUGGCCGCAUCUCCGCCCUCACUGCUCUACGCACCUGCGAGCUGGCCCUGGAAGGGCUCACAGCCGACGAGGUAGGGGACUGCCUGGCCGUCGAGGCCCAGGCCAGCAUAAGUGGCCAUGCCAGCCUCUCGGCUGAAUCCAAGGCCUGUGAGGAGAAAAAGAAGCAGCACAAGAUGACAGCCUCCUUCCAUCAGGCCUACCGGGAGCGCCAUGUGGAAGUGGUUGGCGGCCACCACACCCUCAUGCACGACCUGCUGUUCGGGAAUCAUGCCGAGCCCAAGCAGUUCUCAAAAUGGGUGAAAUCGCUGCCCCACAGUCCCGACCUGGUGGACUAUACCCUGGAGCCUCUGCACCUGCUAUUGAAGAACAAAAACCCGUGGCGGAAGCCACUGAAGCAGGCCCUGAACAAGUACCUGACCGACAGGGCACGCUGGAGGGACUGCAGCCGGCCAUGCCCACCGGGGCGGCAGAAGAAUCCCCACGACUCAUGCCAGUGCAUGUGCCACGGCUCGGCUGUCACCACCCAGGACUGCUGUCCACGGCAGAGGGGCCUGGCCCGGCUGGAAGUGACUCUCAUUCAAGCAUGGAACCUGUGGGGUGACGGGACCACUGCUACGGACGCCUAUGUGAAGGUCUUCUUUGGUGGCCGGGAGCUGAGAACAGACACCAUAUGGAACAAUAACAACCCCAGGUGGACAACGCGGCUGGACUUUGGAGACGUGCUCCUGGUCACAGGGGGGCCCCUGAGGGUGCAGGUCUGGGAUGCAGACCACGGCUGGGAUGAUGACCUCCUGGGCUCCUGUGACCAGAAGGCACAGUCUGGCUCACAUGAGGUGAAAUGCAACCUGAGCCACGGUUACCUGAGUUUCCGCUACCACGCCAAGUGCUUGCCCCACCUGGCAGGGGGGACUUGUCUGGAGUAUGCCCCCCAAGGACUUCUGGGGGAGCCUCCAGGAAACCGGAGUGGGGCUGUGUGGUAA